CGCGGUACGACACCUUUUCCCCCUGACUCCGGCGCCGCGUUGGAGGAAGAGCUUGGUGUCUUCAUGAGGUUUUGGUCGAAUUUUUAUCGCAAAUGACACGAAAUUAUGGACGAAAUGGCGUUUCUAAGAUGAAGGCCAGCUAGUGUCACCAUGACGACCACGGACAGAGGCAAGGUGGUUGAUCAGGGGGAGCAAGGGGGAGGCUGUGGGAAUGCCAGCAACACCCCCCCCUCGUCAACUGCCUCCUCCAACUCCAACUCGAAUUCUUCUACAAAUUCCAUCCCGCCGAGCGGAGUCCUGGUGCCGGGGGGACCAAAGGGACCAGAUGGCACAGUCAUUGAGGAGGUUAUGACUGCAGUUGUUGGUAAAAAGCAGCCAGUGAGAGGACAAGCAUUCCGAGCACCUAAUGGAGAAUAUGUUUCCUACCUCUGUACAGAUGAUACAACUUUGUAUCGUCCAGGAGAAUCUGUAUAUAUAGAGAGCCAGAGAGCUGAUCAACCAUUUUUCAUCUGCUCAAUUCAAGAGUUUCGUAGGGUGAGUGAGCCUGAAAGUAAAAGAGACACUUUAAUGGUUAACAUUAAGUGGUUCUACAGACCCUCAGAAGUGCCAGAAACAGUAUACCAACGGCUUGUGCAGGAUCGCAACACAGAGAACAAUAAUAAAUCUUUAGUUACGGACGAUCCUGUCAUUAAGUCCCGGGAGCUCUUCAUCUCCGACGCCACAGAUUCGUACCCCGUCUCCGUUUUAAGAGGGCUAUGUCGCGUGGAUCACUACUCGGACAUACAUUCCGUAAGAGACUUCAACCCGGAGGAGAAUGCCUUUUUCUACAUAUUAGGGUAUAAUCCAGAGACAAGAAGACUGGCAUCUACGCAGGGAGAAAUCCGUGUGGGCCCUUCACAUCAAGCUAAACUUCCUGAAUAUAGGGGGAAUGUGAUGGUGGAAGAAAGGCCAGAGGUAUGUGCUGAUUGGGAGGAGCAACGUUGGGUACCAGGAGCCUCCCCAGACACAGACCUCCUGAUGUACUUGAGAGCCGCGAGGUCCAUGGCUGCCUUUGCUGGUCUCUGCGACGGAGGCUCAACCAAUGAUGGCUGCAAUGCGGCAUCGCGAGAUGACACUACUAUCAAUGCCCUGGAAAUGCUCCACAACAGUGACUAUGACCACGGUAAAGCACUCCAAGCACUGGUCAAGUGUCCUGUCCCAGAUGGCAUUGAAAAGAAGUGGUCAGAAGAAGACAGAAAACGAUUUAUGAAGGGUCUUAGACAAUAUGGCAAAAAUUUCUUCAGAAUACGAAAAGAUUUACUGCCUCACAAGGAAACUAGCGAUCUCGUAUCCUUUUACUACUUGUGGAAAAAGACACCGGCUGCAGCAGGACACAGGCCACACCGCCGGCACAGAAGGCAAAACGUGCUGAGAAGAAUUCGAACUCCUCGUGCUCAGCGGAACACAGGUCCCAGCGAUCCCCUUGAUCCAUCAUCUGCCUCAGAGAAGGACGAUGACUCUGACGAUUCAGACUCAAAGGAUCGUCAAGGAUACCAUUGCAGACACUGCUACACUACCUCAUCACGUGACUGGCACCAUGCAGGGAAGGAUAAGCAGCUGCUGUGCUAUGAGUGCCGCAUCCACUUCAAGAGGUAUGGGGACCUACCAGUCAUCACAAACCCUCGUGAGCCACCUCCGGGAACUGGUCGCCCGCCCCCAACUCCAAAUGAAGAAGACCUGCGGAUGCGCACCCGAACGAGAGCCAAAGAAAUUAGCACCAGACACCGAGCAGUGCGACGAUCGAGGGCAAAUACCCCAGAUAUGACAGAUGAGUGCCCAACACCUGACCGGAGGACUCCUGACAGAAGGACCCCUGACAGGAGGACAUCUCGGCACUCGGCCUCACCAGCUCCAAAGAAGGGCGAGGACAAGAAUGGGCGAAGGAUCAAGCGCACGAGAGGCUCAGAUGAUGCUUCGGGUCCUUCCACACCAAACAAGAGAAAAAGGAAUGGGGGCGACAUUUCUGGCCUUAGUUCUGAGGAGAGUUCAGAUGAAGGAGAUGGUGCAAGUGGAGAACCCAGUUCCCCCUCUCCUGCCACACCAUCUACACCAACACCCCAGCUGCAUCCAGUGUCCACUCCACAACCUCCAGCAACGCUGGCAUCUGCACCACCACCAGUUACAGCAACAAACUCAGCUGUGGUGACCACCUCUACUACAACCACCCCAACCACCACCACCACAUUGCCUCCAUCUCCUCCACCUGAAGCACAAUCUCAUGUUAUACCUGUUUCACCAUCACCUUCACCAUCACCUUCACCAUCGCCAUCACCUUCACCGGCGCCACCCCCUAAGGCAAGACCAGUCAUGCCUCCUUCAACAAUAAGACCUGUUUUACCAGGCUCGCCUGCUGCAUCAAGUGUAUCAGUAGCUGUAACGUGUGGAGUAUCAACUCCUUCUCAGGUUCAACCACCUCGGGGUUCAGUGGUCCAGGCUGCUCUUGUACCGACGUCUGUACCCAGAGUGUCUCCGAGCAAUCUAGUGCCUCCCCCAGCCCAUAGUGGCCCAUCAGUACAAGCACAAAUCAUUGGUCGUCUACCAAACCCAGCUUCACCCACACAGGCUCCUCCUGUAGUUACUCACAUUAAGCCUCCCAUCAUAUCCUCUCCUCCAAGUAUCACCACUGUUAGUAGCCUUAUAAACCCAGCUCCUAACAGGCCUGUCAUCUCAACCACCAGGGUUCCUCCCGUUUCUCAGCUCAUGUCUCCUGGUGUGAGUCGGCCUUCCUCACUCACAGUGGUGGCACCUGUUGCAUCUGUUGGUCUGGCUACAACAGCAGUUGCAACCACAACUGUCACAAGUGCUGUGCGGCCUAUCAAUACUGUACCUGUGGAUGAGCGUGGGUCGGUAGUGAGGGCACCAGUCAGCGUGCCUCAUAGUGUUCUUGCAUCAGUGCCUCCUGGAACACCACCAUCUGCACAAGAAAAAAUGGUCAAAGUCAAAUCAGAAGCAGAGAUUGUGAGAUAUCCACCUGGUAUUCAUCCAGCCAUGAGACCCUCUAUACAUAGUUAUACUCAGCCAGGUCCUACAAGCCUUCCAUUGAGCCAGGGCCCCAGUAACACCACACCUGUGGCAAGAGUGAGUCCUGCUCCAGCAAUAUACUCAGUGGGAGUGUCGGGUACUCCACCAACAAAUAUUCCGCCAGUGCAGACGAGGUCUCCUGGUAUACCACAGUAUCCUCCAGGUCCAAUUAUAAAAUCUGAACACAUAAAACGUGAGCCAGAACAAGUUCCAAGACCAGAGAAACCUAAAUAUGAACAACCACCUAUAUCGGCUCUAUCAAGUGGGCCAAAAUUAGAGUUAGGGAAAGUUGAACCAAAGCAAGAAAUUAAAUCUGAAAGAGGAGAUAGGCCAGAGAUUAUAGCAGAAGUCAAAUCUGAACCAAGGCCAGAUAUAAAACCACCUGCAACAGCUGGACUACCUGGUAUUCCUCCUGCUGCAGCUCUUGCAUCUUUGCCUCCAAAUUUAGCUAUUCCAGGAUAUGCUUACCCUUAUCCUUCAUUUGGCUAUCCAAUCCAUAUGCAGCUCCCCUAUGGAGGACAGCCUACACGCCCCUUAACUCAACGAUCUCAAUCACCUUUACAGCGGCCAAGUAGCACUGGGCCGCCUGCCCCAACUACAGUAACAAAUCCAAGUAGGCUUUCUCCUAACCCAAUACCCCUUACCACUGGGUCUUCCACAAUAACUACCACCUCAACCACUACCAAACCUUCACCGACCCUUGGUGUGCAUCCUCCUCCUCCCCCUCCACCUCACCUUGGACCGCCAGUAUACCCUAGUCGCACUGGAGGUCUUCCUCCACACAUUUCUUCUCCCAGCAAGCUGCCAUCUAGUCAGCCAUCAAUAGUGCCUGCUGGUAUAAGACCAAAUGUGCCUGCUGUUGGUUUGCCUGGAAUGUCCCCAGGACUAGUACCAGGUAUGUCUCAGGGCAUGUCUCAAAGCAUGGCACACAGAAUGUCACCGGGUAUGGUUCCAGUGUCAUCAGGAGGGCCUCCACCUCUACCAACACCCCCUGCGGCGCACACAGGGCCUGUGGUCAAACCCCCAACCAUGCCAACCAAUUUGGCUCCUGUGCCUGGCCCAUCCCCCAGCCAACCACCCACUACCCAGGCACUUCCUGCUACGGUACAACCCAGCCAUCCAGUAUACACUGGGGGCCCACCACCCUCGAUAGGUUCAAGUGGUGCAAUCCAUGAUGGAGAUGAGCAAGAUGAUGAAGAUGAGGCUCCUCAACACAGGGAACCUUCUCCAGAGCCUAAGAUUGAGGAUUCAGAAUUCCAUCGGUCUGAAAGUGCUAUCUUCUUGCGGCACUGGAAUCGAGGGGAUUAUAACUCGUGUACUCGCACAGAUCUCACCUUCAAGCCUGUUCCUAACAGCCAGUUAGCACGAAAGCGUGAGGAAAGAUUAAGAAAACAAGCAGAAAAAGAGAAAGAGGAGAGGGAAAGACUACAGAGGAAAGCCAGUACACCAGACAAACGAGAAACCCCAAAACCCACAAGCUCAGGAGAGAGCAGCUCCAUCUACGGGAGUAUGCAGCCGAGAAACCCUGUCGAUACGCCCGCAUUGAACAGACUAAGCGAUUAUGCUCGUCCACAUGCUGGGCUCUCGCCUGGUGCUGUGCGACCACCUGCAAUAGGGCUACCUCCUGCAAUGCCUGGUGCUCCUCCACCUGGUCUAGAUCUGCUGCAUUUUGGCAGCAUGGCAGCAUUGUAUCCCCCUGGCUCACAGGAGAGAAUGGAGCUUGAAGCGAGAGAGCGAGAACUAAGAGAACUGAGAGAGAGAGAGAUCUCGGAUCGCAUCAAGCAAGAGAUCAUGAAGAGACCGAUGAACCCACUCGAUGCAGGCCAUCCUCACAGUUUGUCCCCACACUGGAUAAGUGCCAGUCGGUUCCCAGGCUUCACCCCCCCGGUGUCCCUGCCCUCAGGAUUUCCUCAUGGGCAUGGACUUUAUGCUCCAAGCCCUUCAGCAUCAUCUGCAGCUCUCCUUGCAGUUUCUGAGAGGGAUAGGCUGGAACGUCUCGGGUUACCAGCCACGACUCUGGGCCUGCCUGCUGCCGCUACUCCUUCGGACAACCCGCUGUCUGUGUCCACUGCUGAGAGGCUAGCCCUGGCCGACCAUAUGCACCGGAUGCAGUUGAUCAGCGAGGUUCAUGCCCAUACUCACUCCCAUGCCCACACUCACCUCCACCUUCACCCAGGAGCAGCGGCAGCAGCAGCGGCAGCAGCCUACCCGCCCAGGCCCCCGAUGCUAAGGCCAGGGGAACCUCCGCCACCGCCUCUUCCUCCUGGAUAUCCUCCCCAAGCCCAUCAUGCUCUCCUUGGGCGCAACUAUGAAGAACUAGCUCAUAUAUCAGCAGCUCACGCCCAUGAGCAACUGCAGAGACAGAUGCUUCUGGAUCGGGAACGCUUCCCACACCUCAAUCCUGGCGGACCCUUUAGGCCUGAAUACGGCCGGCCAUGAGCAGCAGAACCUGACAGCCUCAUUUGUUAGGGCCAGGCUUGACAGUUUGAGGAAUUUGAAUAUCACUCUUGCUGUUGUGAGGUCUUGCGUGACAUGCACACCUGCACUCCCACACUCACAUAAGCACACAUUUCACUCUCACUCACACUCACACUCAUACUCAUACUCAUACUCAUACUCUCUCUCAUACUCACACUCACUCACUCAGACACUCCCCCCCCCCCCUCUCUCUCUCUCUCUCUCUCUCUCUCUCUCUCUCUCUCUCUCUCUCUCUCUCUCUCUCUCUCUCUCUCUCUCUCUCUCUCUCUCUCUUUCUUUCUUUCUUUCUUUCUUUCUUUCUCUCCCUUGGUCCUUCCUCUUCCCCCAGCUCUGUUCUCCUGUCUCCUUCAGUAAAUUUUGUCACGCAGGUCCAGGCCUUUUACUUUGACGGGUGUACCAUAAAGCAUGUUGCAGAAAUGCAAAUAUAGGUUUGCAAUAAAGUAUUAUUUGUUGAUCUUAUCUCAUGAGGGAGUUAAGAGAAAGCAAAAACAAUGGCAACCAUUUUUAGGGGUUCUAGAGUGUGUUAGAGUUGGGGAGCCUUAUCAGUGCAGGCUGAUGAUCAGUUGUUUUAAAAGACAGUAAUUUAUAGGUAGGAUUGGGUACAGGACUGUAUUUGAGUGUAAAGUGCAAUGGACAUAGUUUACAUAUUACAGUGGGGAAUAACUUGUCAUAAUUCCAUCACAAUUACUUUAGGUAUUUAUCUCUUUUUUUUUUUCUCUCUCUUGUUUCAUAGUUCAGCAUAGUUUGUAUCUCUUGAACCAUUCUGUUUUCAUCUAGAUUCAAAUAAUAACUCAGUAAGUUCUUUUGUAUCGAAUUGCCCCCCCCUCUUUUGAAAAUAUUUUAUGUUGUACAGUAUUUUGUAGCACAUGUUGAUUUCCUUCCUGGUAUUUGUGAAUGACGAGUGAGUUUGAAUAAACAGUGCAAGGUGAUAAAGAUAGUAAACCGUAUUCUUUUGAAGCUUUUAUGAAUAACACACAGUAGUUCUUAACUGGAAUCCACAAAUCAUACUUUUGUCUAUGAAUUCUCCAAAGGGUUUUUUAAACAUGUUUGCAAGAUGGUCUUUGAUGUGGAAUUGCCAACGCACAGCCUUAAUCACAACUUUCUAUUGUUGAUUGUUCUUGGUCUUGAAGAUAGUUGCAAAUGAUAUAUCAAACGAAAUGUUCAGGAAAUAUUGUUUAUAAGUGGUGCCUUUCUUCUUCUUCUUCUUCUUCUUCUUCUUCUUCUUCUUCUUCUUCUUCUUCUUCCUUCUUCUCCUCCUCCUCCUCCUCCUCCUCCUCCUCCUCCUCCUCCUCCUCCUCCUCCUCCUCCUCCUCCUCCUCCUCCUCCUCUUUUCUUCAUUUCUUUUUCUUUUCUUCUUUUUCAAGAAAGCUAAAUGUAUCGUGCACUAACCUGUAAACUUGGAAGACACAGAUGGUAAUCACAUUAUCUGGCUAUUGUUGUUAAGCCACAAAUGAAAAAGCAAUAAUUGUAAAUACAGUUAAUACUCGAAAUGUUUCCCGAAACCCACAGAUAACGUUUUUGCAGUAGGGUUUUUUUGCAGUUGUUUUGACAGUGCCAUGCUCAACUUUUUACAGUUCACAAUUCACCCUGUUCAGUCUUUUCUUAUCGAUGACUAUUCUUUCUGGCUUUCUGAUGUGUUACUACCAUAUGUCUUUCCAUCUUUUGAAAUGGGCUUUGUUGGAUACAGUUGGCAGAGGUGUUAUAUAUAAUAUAUGACUUCCUUUUUUUAUAUAUAGAGAGAGAGAUGACUGGAGUUAUUAUGAAUAUGAUUACUUUUAUCAUGCUUAUGCUAAUUUUUUUUAUUAUUAUUGUUAGGUUUAUGGUAAUCAUUAUUUUGGUAAUGGCUGGUAUUGUAGUUAUUAUUGUCAUAAUGUCAGUCUUGAUUAUUAUCGGUAAUAUUAUUUGUAAAUUUUUGCUUGUAUUUUUUAUUGAUUUAAUUACCAAAUUAUCAUCACUAGAUUAAAAUUUUGGAUAUGAGGACCUUGGGAAAAGAAAGUAAUUGAAAAAGGAACAAAGAGGCUAUUGAAUUGUUUAUUUUGAAUUUGUUGAUAUCUGAAAAAUUGUGCAUGUCUGCUCGGCAGCAUUGCAGUCUGCCUUAGUUUGUUGAUGUAUAUUGAUUUUUCAUAUUUUUCAUGUAUUUAUAUUUAAAUUCUACUCAUAAUUUGUAUAUUUGUUUGAUAAGCAAAAAAAUUAUAAGAGGUGUGUUUAUAGUGAAAAAAAAAAAAAAAAAAAUCUCCUAAUUAGUCAGAAUUAGGCACAUGGGGGGGGGGGGGUGUACUCCCUUGGUACUUCAGUGAUGAGAGCAGUUGUAGCUGAAGGAAGGAAGGAAGGAAGGUUGGGCCUUGAGUCUGAGAACUGUCUGCAACUUGUGGUGCAUGGGCAAUCAACAAUGAGAACGACAUCAAGAACAUUAUAUUACAAUUAGUGAAACGGUUUGUCUGAAUGAACUCUUCUACUUCUUGUAUCUAUUAUUUUUUAAUUUCUACAUUUAUUAUUAUUGUUAUUAUUAUUUUUAUUGAUUAUUAUUCUUGAUUUUUGAUAUCGUCAUCAUUAUUGUCAUUAUUAUUAUUAUUAAAUUUCAUGAGCAUUGUUAUUAGUAUUUUAUUAUUACUAUUUUUCUUAUGGACACUUAAUGAGUAAGAAUUUUGUAGGUACAUAUUAGUGUAGGAUAAAGGUUAGGUUUUUUAUCAUCAUUUUUACAAAAAAAAAGAAAAAAAAGAAAAGAAAAGAAAAAAAAAAAAAAAAACUCUUUUUUAAGGACCUUUGUAGCAAGCAGCAUGUCGUGAGGAUAUGGUUGACCCUUUUAUUGAUGUUGAUCAUCAUUUUUUAAAGCACCAAUUUCCGUGACGUUGCCAGUGUGUGACGGGUCAAUCCGUGAUUCUGUAAAUGGAUAUUUUCAGAACGUUGUAAAUAUGAACAUGAACUAGAUCCUGAUUGCAUGUAGAAUGAAUCAUGCUGGUGACCUCACUCAUGUGUAAAAUGGUCAGUGUUGUAUAUAUAUAUAUUACCAGUAAACACUUUCUGUGCAGUGCUGGACUUUUUUUUAUCUUUAUUAUUAUCUUUUAUAUAUAUAUAUAUUUACCUUGUUUUUCAGUUGUGAGUUCUGUCACUGUAGAAAUUACAUGUUUUGAAAUAGAUACCCCUUUAAUCCUGAA